AUGCCCCCCGCGCCUAAGAAACCAAAACUGUUCCGCGCGUGCGAAGCGUGCGUCAACUCGAAGACUCGCUGCGAGGAUGUCACCCCCGAGGGGUGCGGACACUGCCGCCGGCGCCGCAAGCAGUGUUCCCUUCAAGCAAUCGUGGGCGCGUACGUUGCGCCGUCCGAGGAGCGGUUCGGAACGCCAGGAAGCGAGCAUCACGGCGUCGGGGCUGGGGAGGAUGUGCGCGCCCUCCGCUCCCGCCUCGCCGAGACGGAGGCACGCUUAGCAAGCCUCGAGCGCAUGUCUCGCCAUCCCCCGCCCCCGCCAAGCUACCAUUACUCUCCCGGUCAGCCUGGACCUGCGACGCCGCGCACGGCGAACUUCAACAAUGCCCCGGUCGAGCCUAGGCUCAUGCACGGCGCGCUCCAGCUCGCCUCGAUGUACCACCAGGUGCAGCACGACGAGACGCUCUUUUCCGCAGCGAGUACCCGCCCCUACCGCAGCCCGACGUCUGUGGGCCUCACGCCGGACCAGAUCGAGAUGGCCUGGCACCAGUUCAAGGCGAGGAUCACGAGCCUCCUCCCCCUCCCGCCCUUUACGGCUGUCUCGACGCCCGUGCCCGAGCAUCCCUUCGUGCAGACCGCCAUGCUGCAGUUCGUACCCUCGCUUGCUGGGAUUGCGCGGCCCCUUGUCGACGAGGGCCUCCUACUCGCCAUGGCGGGACAUGCGACGCGCGACGUCGUGCUCGCGCUCCUGAUUCUGAGUCUUGCCCCGGGACAGGCAGAGGACGAGCCCGGCGCGGAAGGCAAGGUACCAGAACAUGCGCCCGUAACGCCCUCGGCCUUCCGCCUCGUCGCGCUGGCCUACUCGAUGGGCUCGAACCUGGGCAUGCAGUCUGCAGCCGAGGCAGCCCUGCGCGCAGACCUGGACAGCGAACAUUGGGACGAGAUGCGUUUCCAGCUCCUGAUGUGGACGGCCGUCGUGAACCGCUACUCCCUCCUCAGCCUCAUGUACGGCAAGAGCGUGACGCUGCCUCCGCUCGUGGCGCCGCGCCUCCCGCCCUCGAAGCGGGAGAGCGUGCAGGCCGCGCACGCCCAUCUCCGCGCCGAGGCAUCCGUCGUCAGCGCCUUCCUUCCCCUCGCCAAGCGGCUGAAUGACCUCGAGCACGCCCUGAGCUACGACGCAGACGAGGUGUCCAGCCUGCAGUCGACGUGGAAGGCGGCGUUCGACGCCGCCGCGCCCUAUGUCUGCGACAGCGAGAACAGGGCGGUGCGCAACGACGCGCGCCUGAUCCAGUUUGUGCUCGGGUUCCGUAUCGCGUCGCUGUCGACCUGGAUCCCGUCUCCCCUAAUCGAGGCAAGGGAAGCGGCGCUGAAGUCCCUUCACGGCUUCCCGAGCGUCAUGAUUGCCGUCGUCGACAUCCUCGUCGACAGCGACCCGAAGCGCCUGCCCGCGUACAUGUGCGUGUUCAUUGCGAUUGCGUCUCUGUGCCUCCGCCGCGCCGUCCUCUUCGUGCAGUACACGUACAACCACCAGCUCAUCGACAGCCGCCGGCUCGACCAGGCCGAAGCCGCCAUCAUACCCAUCAACGCGCAGUGCCGCUUCAUCCUGCACCAUGCUGGGGAGAUGCUCAAGAACCUGCCCUACGGGAAGGGCGUGUGGGGCGCCGAGGAGAUGGAUAACGCCGGCAGACCCGCCGACAGCGUCUGGAGCCGCAAUGGCCAGGUCCAGGCGCCGCCGAGUUUUGGCGUAGAGCUCGAUAUCAUGAACUGGGACCUGAGCCUGCUCUAUCCAGACCUGAACUCGUUCCCGACCACUAUGAGCAUGUAG